UCUUUCCUGCGCUUGCUGUCCCACUCCUGCUUCCGCUGCUAGUUCUUCGUCUCUUCUGAAUGCUUCUUCCCCUGCUCUGCUAGCGUCGUCGCCGUAGGAAGUGCCUUAUUCCGCCCCUUUUCCUCCUCCUCCUCCUCGCUCUCAGACAGGGUGGAUUUCGUCCCAUGGGAAACUGCUUCUCCGAAGAUGGCCACGGCCUGCGCCCGGGCUAUGGCGCCGCUGUUGGCGCCGGGAUGAAUAGCGCCGGCGCAGUCGGUACCUCAGACAUCUUUCCCACGUUUCGAGGAUCCCGUAUUCCUUUCACCCAGAUCGAGCUGUCUCUAUCUGCUUCAAACUUGAGUGACUCUGAUGCACUGCCACAGUGUGAUCCUUUAGCUGUUGUUUAUGCCAAACAAAAAGAUGGGAAUCUUGUAGAGAUUGGUCGGACUGAAGUGGUACUAAAUACAGUAAAUCCAGCAUGGAAUGGAAAGGUUAUCAUGAACUUUGAAUUUGAGGUUCCGCAACAUGUAGUGUUUCACAUUUUUGACAUUGACUCACAGUUUCAUCAUGUACCAGAGAAGAUGCUUAAGUUGGAAGAGCAACAACUUCUAGGCGAAGCAAGUUGUCUUCUCUCUGAGGUAGUUGCUAAACCCACUCGAUCAGUAACACUACAUCUUGACCAGACAGAAAAGAAUAGGACUCAUCUCAGAACUUCAGGCAAGCUAAAUGUUCAUGUUGAAGAGUGUCUUGGCGCAAAAUCUAUUAUAGAAAUAGUGUUACGCUGUUCGGAGUUGGAAAACAAAGAUCUCUUCUCAAAAAGUGACCCUUUCUUGUUGAUUUCUAGAACUGAGGAUGGAGUACUUACACCAAUUUGCAAGACCGAAGUGAAAAAGAAUGAUCGCAAUCCAAUGUGGAAACCAAUUAUUGUGAAUCUUCAACAAACUUUUAGUGAAGAAAACCCUCUCAUUAUUGAGUGUUUUAAUUUCAGCAGCACUGGCAAACAUGAUCUGAUUGGAAAGGUUGUUAAAUCAUUAGCUGAACUAGAAAAGCUUCACCAAAAUCGUCAUGGGGAGAGUCUCGUUCUACCUCAUGAUAAUGAGGAUAAGGUGUUGAAAAGCCAGAUUUUUGUGGAACAAUUUUCACGAUCCAAAAGUAAAACUUUCUUGGAUUAUAUCUCGGAAGGAUGUGAACUGAAUCUGAUGGUUGCAAUUGAUUUCACAGCCUCAAAUGGAAAUCCGCGCCUACCUGAUUCGUUGCACUACAUUGACCCCUCAGGUCGGCCAAAUGCUUAUCAGAGAGCAAUCCUAGAAGUUGGAGAGGUAUUGAUGCAUUAUGAUGCGCAUAAACGCUUUCCUGCCUGGGGCUUUGGAGCAAGGCCUAUUGAUGGUCCUGUUUCUCAUUGUUUUAACCUAAACGGAAGCACUUAUCAGCCUGAGGUAGAAGGUAUUCAAGGUAUAAUGUCAGCUUAUAUAAGCGCUCUACGGAAUGUAUCAUUGGCCGGCCCUACCCUUUUUGGCCAUGUAAUUAAUGCCGCUGCACAAAUUGCUGGGCAGUCACUGAGUAAUGGUGAAAAAAAGUACUUUGUAUUGCUGAUAGUCACAGAUGGUGUGAUUACUGAUUUGCAGGAGACUAAAGAUGCAUUGGUAAAGGCUUCUGAUUUACCUUUGUCAAUUCUCAUCGUUGGAGUUGGCGGGGCUGAUUUCAAAGAGAUGGAGACGCUAGAUGCAGAUAAAGGUGAGCGAAUAGAGAGCUUGACUGGGAGAGUUGCAUCACGAGCUAUAGUGCAGUUUGCUGCUAUGCGUGAUGUGAAAAGUGGUGAGAUAUCAGUGAUUCAGACACUUCUUGCUGAAUUACCAGGACAGAUUAUGAGUUACAUAAAGUCGAGGGAUAUUGAUGGAUCUUUUUCUUUGCCAAUGGAUAUUGACUGACCUAAUUGAUUCUUUUUUUUUUCUGCCAUCUCAUCUUUCACACUUUAAUUUUUUUUUUCUCUUUUUUGUUGUAAUUUUCACCUUGGAGCAAAAGUUCAUUGUUUUCGGUCUCAGAUAUGAAGAUUGCAGAGUCGAUUAUGUUC